AUGGCCUCCGCCGACCCCUCUUACGCUUCCCCACCGUCCAUCUUUCAGCCCAGAAUCCGCGAUGGCAUGAUCGUCGUGCGCCGACCUGCGAACAGAAACGAUGCGGCCAUUUUCUGGGCUCGCAGCUACUUCUUUCCGAAUGGAACCAAUGAGGCCAUCGGCAUGGACUACCAUGCGUUCCUUGCUGACCUGGAAGUCCAUUUUCAGUACGACCCGGAACUUGAUGAAAUCCAAUUCCAGGUACCCUCCCCAUACCGACGCUUUGGUUUGGACCCUGCUGGGCCCCACGUGAGCAAUAUCCAAAACUUUCUGCCUGCCGUAGGCAUUGUACGUACCUACAAUGAGUGGGUCGGAGCGCUGUGGGCGAUGCAAAGCUCCCGUCUGAUGCGAGAAUCGAAUAUUGAAUACGUGCUCCGGAAUGGAAUGGUCACUACUUCUGUUCGCCACAGAGUUCGACCUGUGGCUGCCGCACAGUUUUUCAUUGUGAGAACUUCAGAUGCGGAAGACUCGAACCAGGACUGA